AUGAAGAAGACAUUGCAGAUAGUGCGGGUGGAUCAUAAUCUGGUGCAAAAGGCGAAUUUGCAGAUCGGCAACAACAUCAUCGGUCGAGGCGCCGCGACGGGAUUAUUGUUAUCACAGAGCAACGACGAGCAAGUGUUUAAACACGCCCUGAUCAUCAAUCUGUCACCUGAUGAUGAAAUGACGAUUACUCCGAUGGUGCCAUGUUACAUGAAAAUCUCUGGAUGCAUACGAUGGCAGUCUCUUAAAUUGGGAAGCAGCACACCGAUAAAGCCAGGUGACGUAUGCUCUUUGCUGCCUGACAAAUGUUGGUUUAAGAUCAUCUCUGUGCCAGAAACGAUGGAAAAGAACGAUCAGACGUUAAAGAGAAAAAUUGACGAAGAUUCAAACGAUGAAGUAGAGGUUAAGAAAGUGUGCCUGUCGUUCAGUGAACAGGAAGCUGCUGUAUCUCCUGCUGAAACUUUAAAUGAUUUCCUCAAUGGUAGGAAAUCUCCAGCUGAGUAUUCAAAUCCUACCAUUAAUGGAAACAAUGAGUGCGAUGCAUCUGUGCCAAUCUUGCAGGAAAUCUACUCCUCAAGCUGCCUUGAGGGAAACGACAUAUCUGCCACAUGCUCCAAAAUGUCGUCAGAUCCCCAAGAUGUAGCUGAAUCUUCCACUGAGUGUGAAAGCAAUACGAAGCAGGAAAAGAAGAACAUCAACUUGAUGAAUAAAGUUGCAACAAGUACCAAAUCAGAGGAGAAAACCAAGUGGGAUCACGAUGCUCACUCGAGCGAUCAGGUCGAAGCAGCUCCGCCAAUUAAAGACAAAUCCCGAUCGCCUGUUGCUUCGCAUCGAAAUCAAGCGAGUGUCUCGAAUCACGAGAAUCCUGAAGUUCCCAAGAGGGAGAAAUGCAAGUACGGUGCUCGAUGUUACCGGAAGAAUCCCAACCACAAGAAUAACUACAGUCAUCCUGGUGAUGCCGAUUACGACAAAGUGGACGAUCGGGAGGAGUGUCCGUACGGCGUGAAGUGUUACCGAAAAAAUCCACAGCACAAAGCGCAAUUCAAACACACAAACGUGCCUCGCCGUCUCUGCAGAACUGCCGCCUCUGGGCAACCGGUUGCGGACACCGAGACAGACGCGUCGUCUGUAGAAUCCGUCGACGAGUCUGAUUACGAGCCAUCUUUUUACACAGACAGCUCAGACACGAAGAGCGACUCGGAGGACAGCAGGAGCGAGUGGGAGGACGGCACGACUGGCUAACGAAAAUAACUUUCUUGCUUUCGCCGUCAUUGAUCGUUAUAUGAUCGAAAGCGUAGAAAUGAGAUGAGUCUAUCUUUAGUAGUUUAAUACAGAUUUAUUUUCUUAAGAAAUAUUUAUUUUUGUAUUUGAACUAAUGUAUGUACCUGCAACUUAUUCGCUUAAUCUUUAAACAGAAAAAUAUAAAAGCAUUAAUUAUAUAUUAUAUUA